UACGGUAACACGCACACGCUCCCCAUCGCACCCCAUCCUGCGGACCUCUCCCCUAGGCGCACGCGCGCUGGCGCUGCGCUCACCCGCCGCAGGUCCCGGGCUUCCGGUUCCGCCCGGGCCCAGGGACCGAGGCUAAUGGCGGCGGCGGCGGCGGAGUUGGCCGCAGAAGAGGCCGUGGAGACUGAGGAUCCGGGCGCUCUGCAGCCCGGAGCCGCCCCGUUCGGCAAUUUCCCUCAUUAUUCUCGCUUCCACCCUCCGGAGCAAAGGCUCUGCCUUCUGCCCCCGGAGCUUCUUCGACAGCUCUUCCCUCCCGAGGGUCGCGAGAGGAGGCCGAUCCUAGGGCUCGACGUGGGGUGUAACUCCGGGGACCUGAGUGUGGCUCUGUACAAACAUUUCCUUCCCCUGCAUGAUGGGGAGACCUGCUUAGGUGCCUCCAGAGAAUUCCGCCUCCUCUGCUGUGAUAUAGACCCAGUCCUUGUGGAGCGAGCUAAAAAAGAAUGUCCUUUUCCUGAUGCUUUGACCUUUAUCACCCUGGACAUCAUGGAUCAAAGGAACAGAAAGGUUCCCCUGAGUUCAUUCUUAAGCCAGUUUGGGCGUUCGGUUUUUGACAUUGUCUUCUGUAUGUCAGUAACCAUGUGGAUUCAUCUGAACCAUGGGGACCAUGGUCUGUGGGAGUUCCUGGCCCAUCUCUCCUCACUCUGCCAAUACCUCCUGGUGGAGCCACAGCCCUGGAAAUGUUACCGGGCAGCUGCAAGGCGCCUCCGAAAGCUGGGACUCCAUCAUUUUGAUCAUUUCCGCUCCCUCACCAUCCGAGGCGAUAUGGCCAGCCAGAUCGUGCGGAUCCUGACGCAGGACCAUGCGAUGGAAUUCGUGCACUGCUUCGGCAAUACCAGUUGGGACCGAAGCCUUCUGCUGUUCAGAGCAAAGCACACCAUGGAGACUCAUCCAACCCCUGAGUCACCGACAGAGAGACAGAAAGGAACAGAUUAGGGUACUGGGGACAGUAGAAGGACACCGCAGGAAGACAGAAAAGACACUGAAGCUUUCAUACUGAGAACUGUGUUCGCAUCCUGGAGCGAUCCGGCAGCCUCCAGACCUGGCAGGGGCUUUUGGCAAAGUGUGGAAGCAAGCAACUGAAAAAGAAUUGGUGUCUGUGUUCCCUAUUGUUUGGAUAGGCCCCGAGGGGAAUGAAUUCAUAGAGCAGUGAGCUAGGCAGUCUGGGUAGAGAUUGUGGUCCUGGGAAAUGAAACUGCUUUUGGAAGUUGUUUUUGUUUGCUGGGGAUCAAACUCAGGGUCUUUAAUGUGCUAGGCAAACUACAUCUCCGGCUCUAAGGGGUUAUUUAUAAAAAAUAAGACCAGUUUAAUCUUA